UUUUUUUUAGCUUUUACUGUUUGCCUGAUUUAAUCAGCAGUGUUAACAUUUCACUGAAAAUUGAAUUUAGUUUUUCUUAAUAUUUUAUGGUAUAUUCCUUUAAUUAAAAGGAAAGGUAUAUAUGAGACUGAUGCGUAUAUUGCUUAUUUAUAGAACAUUUUAGUGGAGCAUUAUAUCUAAAAUCAAGCUUAGGUAAUGCAGAAGUGAAAUUCCAACAGAAUUCCUUGCAUCCAUUAUGUAUUUUAUGUAAGUAUAGAAUAAAUACUUAAUAAAUUUGUUAAAUCAGAAACAGAUAAGUAGAAAUAAGUGUCUGCAGUGCAGUGAGAUGGAUAGUGAAUUUAAAUUCUUAUUAGAGAAAGUUAGUUCAGAACAGGAUCCAAACCAGUGUGUGCAUUUAGCAGGAAGGCACCUAAUGUUGGUACACUUAACGUGCAGCUUGUAGUGAUCUUACAAGUGUUAGGCAAUGGGAGAGUACUGGUGACAGGGACUACUGUAGAAAUCUCAGACCUCAUCAGAACUGUAAGAAGCAGUUUUCCUGUUAGGAUCAUCCAUCUCUUGAAGGUAAGUGCUCUAUUCUGAUUGAGAGCCAAGUAAGUUCUGUCUUCCUUUUAAAUAGCUACUUAGUGUUAAAAUACAUCCUGAGUUAAGACAAACAGUCUCUGGAGCAGGUGACUGACCCCCAAUCUCUGUGACUGUCUUCUAGAUCUGUCUUGAGCUCUGAACUGGUCAGUCGACACUAUUGGGAGGGGAAGAAACCUAGGUGAAGCUUAUGGGAUAAUUUAGCUGGAAAUUACAGUGCUCUCCAGAGACACUUGCAUGGUAUGAAUUCUCAGACAGGAAGGUUUGAACCUCAGUCUUAUUCUUUCAGGAUGACAGCUGUAAUCACUUGGCAGUUAUAUAGGAAAGAGUGAUCCCCUUCACUGGCACGUAGGAGAUCUGAAUAGUCUGUGUGUUUGUUGUGCUUUGGUUUCUUCCUGAGAACUUUUGUGUGUAGGAGUGGGUGAGAAUGUCAAUGAAUGGAAACUUUUCCAUUCAUGCUUAUAGUUAUUUUAGUUAAAAACUAACCUCUGAGUUGUCCAGGGCAGAAUAAUGCUGGUUCCUCUUUACUGUUUGAAUUUGGUUAUGCUCUAGAUGCUGAGUUGCUCAUUUCUGUCAGGACUGAAAUGUCUCUGGGCAUGUUCAAAGAUGCAACUCUAGACAACUUGGGAACUUUUCGGUUCAAACAAAGGAGGUGCCUUCGGCAAGGCAGUUGAGCAAGAGUUUCUCAAUAUUGCAAUUUUAAAGUUAGGUAGGUACUUACAUUUCAGUGAAAUCCUUUCCACUAUCCUCACUCUUAAUCUACCCUUUGCUGACUAGUUUAUUUUAACUGAGUAACUUCAUUGUUUUCACUGAACAUAGUAUUGUUCAGCAUUUCUUGGUCUAUACUUUGCUAGUUGGAAGUAUCUAAAUUACAACAGUACUUCUCAGACACUUUAGGCAGGGUGGGAAAGGUAGAAUGGAGAGAUAAUUUCAGUUUUGUUAAGUGCUAGUCUUCUUGUUUGACAGUGAUUACAACAACUGUGAAAACUUUUUUGAAGUAAAAGUUUAGACAUCUCAGAACAGUGUGUAGCAUUUAGCAAGAAGUGUAGGAGCCAUAACUUUUGAUUUUUUUAAUACAGCAAAUCCAAUUGCAAUCCAACUGUAUUUAAUUCUUACAGGCAUGAAGUUGAUUGUGUGCCCAGUUGGUUAUUAGUAGUGAUCAUUCCCACAUGUUUCACUUCUCAGAAAGCCAUUGUUUUAAUUCUCAGAACGUUUUAGUGGUAAAAAUGGGUAAAUGUGGUUUGUAUCUGGCAACUAGAUACCUUAAUGUGUUGAUAUUUUACCGUUUAUGAACUGUAGGACCUGAGACAGUAAAACUGAUGUAAGUCAACUUUUUUUUUUAUUGCACACAAAAUGAGUAUGAGGAGUGAAGGUAGCUAGUGGUUCUAUGGCUAUAUUCAAAAAGUCUAGCACAAAGAAAACACCUUGCAAACGAACUUGUAUUUUAAUCCAUUGCUGAGUAUAUAAGUUGGGGUUGUUGGGGUUGGCUUGUUUUGGGGUUUGUUUUUUUUUUGCUUCGGUUUUUACUAUCUAAAAUUUUUAGGCAGAGCUGUUAUUUGCUAGAGCGAAUUAACUCAGCUGCAGACCCUAUUACCAAUGUUAAAUUAGAACUUAGGAAGUAGAUCAGUUAUUACUAAGAGGUUGAUGUACCUCACCUUUGGAUAUUGAUAUCUAACAACUUUUCUUGUAUUAUUUCAAAGCAAGACACAGAACAAACCAGGUGACCUGUCUGGAGAAUAGUUUUCUGUCAGAGGACUUAUCCUGAAAUGUCCACAGUCUCCAUUUAUGUCUGUGCAGUUGUUUUGAGAAGUUUUACCUUCAACAUCAAUAGAAUAAAUUAUGCUUUAAUGAGCAUGGCGCACAUAUUAAAGACGCUCAACAGCUGGUUCUGGUGGGAGAAUAUCUGGAUGCCUGUCAAUGUCACAUGGGCACAUUUUGUAGACCGUGAUGGACUUGUCUUUCCAAAACCACAUCAAUUAUAUGCCACAAUACCAUAUGCUUUUAUAUUGCUGAUUGUCCGAUUCUUCAGUGAAAGAUAUGUUGCUAUACCUCUAGCAAAAGCCUUAGGUAUAAAGAAUGUAAGACGUGUGAAGCCACAGCCUAAUCCUGUUUUAGAGAGUUAUUUCCGGGAGUGCUCAAAACAUCCAUCUCAAUCAGAGAUUCAAGGCCUUGCCAAAAAGUGCAACUGUACUGUCCGUUUGGUGGAAAAGUGGUUUAGGAGACGGCGAAACCUUGAGAUCCCAACAGUGCUUCGGAAAUUCCAGGAAGCUUUCUGGCGAUUUUCAUUCUAUCUUACAUCCUCCAUUGCUGGAUUUAUAUUUCUGUAUGAUACUCUGCUGCCAUCCCAAUAUUGGUACUACAUGGCUGAGAUUAGUUUUUACUGGUCUCUCUUAUUUACACUUGGGAUUGACAACAAAAGGAAGGAUUUUCUGGCUCAUGUCGUUCAUCACUUGGCAGCCAUUGGGUUGAUGAGUGGCUCUUGGUGUGGCAAUUACGUGCGUCUUGGAACACUGGUGAUGUUUGUGCACGAUACUGCAGAUUUCUGGCUCGAGGCAGCCAAAAUGUUUAAUUACGCUCGCUGGGAGAAAACCUGCAAUAUGCUCUUUAUCAUCUUUUCUAUCGCAUUCUUCAUCACAAGAAUCAUCCUGUUCCCCUUCUGGAUACUUCGUGCCACAUUGUAUCAGCCUACGUACUACUCCACCACUCCUGUCAUAGCAUAUUUUUUAUUCAAUGGACAGCUGUUGAUCCUUCAAGGCUUGCAUUUAUAUUGGGGUUACUUAAUUUUCAAGAUUUUGAGAAGGUUCAUUUUCUUAAAGGACUUGAAAGAUGACAGGAGCGAUGAAGAGGAGGAAGAUUCUGUUACAGAUAAUGAAGAGGAGCCUGCAAAGAAUGGCAACAAGAAUGGCUGUGGGUCAAGCAAACAUCUCCUAAACAGCAGUCACCACUAGCCCCCUCCUGCCUCACCUCCUGCAGGGAUUUCCGCUCUGUUUUUAACCCAACCUACAGGAUAGAAUUUAAGUCAAAAGGCUUAUGAGAGACUGUGAUUGAUUUAUUGUUGGCUACUGGACCUGGAAAAAAGCCCAGUUUAAAGGGGAGAGGGAAAAAUUGCAUAACAUGACAAAAUGUGUUAAUGACCCACUUUCUGAAUCGUUGCUAAGUGUUUGGAAAGAUGUUUGGAUGCACUGACUGACUGUGUUUAACAAGGUCAAAGCUCAAGAGCAUCAGAUCAUUUAGUGUCCCAUUGAUUCUAACAUUGUUUUUCAAUCUGAUAUAAGAUAUAUUUCACCAAGCAGUUUAAUUCACAGAUGUUUUGUGGUAGGUAGAAUGUGAACUCCAUCAGGAACCAAAAUUACGCAGUGUGGGAAAAAUUUGACAGUGGUGUAGAGUGACUAGCAUUUUAGUCUUUACUUUUCAGUUUAAAACCUCAUUGAAAUGGCUAUUUUUUGUGAGUUAGAUUUCAUUUCCUGGAGGCCAGUGGAAGCUAACAUGGAAGAAUUCAAAUUACUUGCCUGUGAAGAGCUGGCUUUGCUGCAGAAAUACAGUCUUUCUCCAAAAUAUGCUGUAUGAUAGAUAGCUCAAAUAUUGUGUUCUAAGGUUCACCUGUCAAGGAAGUCACUGUAAAAACUCAGCCCCGAUUCUCCAUUGAGCUCCAGGUGUCACAGAUGUCUUUCAUCUCAGUCAUUUUGGCCCAGUGUUAAAACAGAAGGUGCAGUGGGUAGGGAAGAUAGUGAAUGAAAAUUGGGUCUUCUCACAGGUUCUGUUGCAGUUCUUAUUUGGCUGAACAGUCCCUGCUCCUGAUACAUCUACAGCCCAGAAGAUUAAAAAUAAAUGUCAUCCAUUCCCUUCUUGUGAGCUUGUCUCACAUAGCAGCAUUGGAUGACUGUCUUCUCAGGAGUGAGUCUGCUAAAUUCUGGUUUGUGGUUCCUGUGUGUUCACUGCAUGUAUCUGGGCACUGGCGGAGCACGGGGCUAGCAAGGAACGUCACAUCGUCAGCGUGGUGUAUUCACUGGAUAUCAGGACCUGUAUUUCCAUCUCUGCUCUUUUUGAAAAUUGGGAAUCACAUCGGCUAGAGCCAAACUUGGGUGUAUGUAUGUGACUUAGGCCACAUACCGUUGUUUAUGCUGUAAGAAGUGGAGGAACAGUGGAUGUUUUAUCAGCUCCUCUUACCAAAAGUGCCUCUAUCCUAAGUUUGCACUUUUGUUCUAACACUAGUGCAGAGUGCAGCAGCACUUUUAGUCCCGAGGCUUUCCAAGGAGAGCUUGGGCCUUUUAAACAGGGUGGUACCAGUCUCAUUUCCAGAUGCAUUAGCUCACAAGGUCGUAAAUGAUUUGUGUCAUAAGUUUCAGAGGUGAGAGGCUCUCCAUGUGGUUCUACAGUAGCUGAGAUCAUCUGGUGAACUAAAUCCAGUAGCUUGAUAGAGACCAGGGGGACCGCUGCUAAAACAGCCUCAGUGCAGAGCUUUUGGUUCGGAAGAGCUCUUUUCCCCUUAAGGCUGCUCAGACAGGAACUUGGUGACCUACGGGAAGCACUAUGUGACUGGCUUGUUUUCUCAAGGUUUCCGUGGCAAAGGGGGAUGUAAUUCAGUGACUGAAGCAUUUGAAAGAAUGGGAAAUGUUUGGGAUGUCAGAUAUGAAGAAAGAAGUGUUUUCUGUGCAGUUACAAGAAACUGUAGGAGUACUUUGUUACAGAGGCUGGUAGUAUGAAAAUUUCUAUAUAUGGUCUGUUGAACUAGGCUGAAUUUAAUUUUUUACUUAUAUUUUGGACCAUGUAAUACCCCAAAUGUUCACGUUUUACCACAAAGAGAAUUAUGCUAAGAAAGGAGUAUGGCCUACAGCUUCUGAGAAGGAUGGGAAACGUACAGUGGCAGGACAGGACUCCUGAACCUGUGGUUGUAGUUCAGUAGUGCUGCUCAGGCUGAGCAGGCAGAAUUCCCUCGGUAGUUGUUGUAUAGCAGCGUGCUUCCUUAUGUAGCUGUGGAGAAUACCUUAAAUACUGCAGUGUGGAUUUAUUGGAAGUGUAAGUACUUAUUACAUCAUCUAAAGCAACUGGUGAGUUUGGCAGAGUCACCAUUGCCUAUCAGGGCCUGUUUAUUGCCUACAUGAAAAGAACUGGCCUUUCCUACCAAAUUGUAGAAACCCAACAUCUUGGAGGCUUUACGCUCCCUUUGAGAGCAAUGGAGAUAACGAUGCUUUCUUCAAGACAUAACAGGGGUUUGGGAGAUGGCCAGGGUAUUAUCAUUUAAUUUUGGUGCCAGAAAUCUUUCCUGCUAUGACUAGGAAAGGAAUUCAGGAAAGGAAACAUGAAGAAUGAUGUUGUCACAGGAGUGAGCCUCUGAACAGCUACUGAGUUUUAAACUGGAAUUUAUAGUCUUGUUGAGGCCAAAUCUUGCCCUUCCUACUCGGACAAGUCUCCCACUGAAGCCAAUUAAAUCAUACUGGAGUUUUGCGUGGGAAAAAUUUUGGAUUGCAGUUUUCUAAUCUGAUUACAAGACCUGUUGUUUCAAACAGAUGUGAAACUAGGGUCUUAAAGGAAGAGUAAAAGGUAGAUAAAUACAUUCAAACAUAAAACAUUGAGGCAAAUUUUGGGCAAGUAGAGAAGAAUAUGGAAGAGAAUAACAUCCUGAAGGUGAAGAUUAAGUCUAAGCACAGUAAACAACCAAAUAACUACAUCACAUUGCAGUUAGGGGUAUGGAAGGAAGGCAGGCCAUGGAAGGCCCUUCCAGGGGGUUACUGUCAUGGCCAACCAAAGUGAUGAGACCUAAAAAUUCUGAACAUAAACUACUAGGUACUGGGGAUAAAUAUCCACAGCACAGAAAGAAGUGGGAACAGACUGUCACAGUGGGACUGGACUCAUGUUCUGUGUUAACAUUGGAUUUGUCAUUCCUGAAGUUACAUGUGUUUGAUUUUCCACUUUUUACUGAUAGAAACUCAGAAACAAGAAGCUGAGGCCAUGGGGAACACAAUUCGUGCUAAAGAAAUUAAUGUCAUGGUGCUUCAAGAUUUUCAGUCUAUUCAAUGCCCUUAAUGUUUUUUAACCUUAUUGUGAAAAGAGUCUCAAAAUGCAAGUGCAGAACAAUUGUAGGUAAUGUAUAUGAGCACAGAUGAUAGACCCUAAUACAUUGCUUUUAUCAUUUCACAAAAUGGGUCCUGGUUUAGUGAUUUGACACUCUGUGUCUGGCUUUGCUAUGUCACUUUGAACAUGCCAAAAUAUUUAUGAUGGAAUUAUAGACUGAAAAUGAAAUCUUAGUGCAUUAGACUCAGGGGAAACUCUUCUGUUCCAUUUAAUUUCUCUGAAUUUUUUUCAGGUAUCCCUGUCCGUGUAUAUGCUGCCUCUGUUCUUGUUUACUACAUAGACUUACCAGUCUACUCUGGAUUUGAUUUACAGAUUUCCUUUACUCCACAGAACUAAUUUUGUCAAUUUGUAUUAUUCAGUAUAAUUAUCUUUUUUUGUUCUUAAUGCCACUGAAUUUGUCUGGUCGGUUAUGCUACACACUAUAAAUAAAUAUUUUUUAAAAACAG